GAACGCUUGAGGAAGCGGAAGCAGGAAUGUCGGAGUGCUCUGUUCUCGAUAAAGUUUGGAGACUUUGACAGCUUCGGUGAAGUUGGAGCCUACUGGUCGCUUUUGACGCUUCUGGAGUUAAGAAAAGUCCUGAAAAGAUGACGGUGUAUGGUAUGUUGAUCAUGCUGCAUCUGUCUGAUUGACCAGCAGAAAUUCGCUGCCAUGGAGAGCACACCAGUUGAAGUGGAAACCAGUUCACCUUCUGAUCGAGGAAUACCCUUGAACUGCAGCCUUGCGUCUCUGCGUCGUCAAGCCUGGGUCCAGAGCAAAGAUUCUACCUGGCAAGAGACGCACCCUGAACAGGGCACCCAUCAGGCACCCCAGCAGAGUGACAGGGACCCAACAGAUGACACACAACGGCCAUCAGAAAAAACAAGUCACGUCCCGAACAAGAUUGCCAACUGGCUGAUCGAUUGCAGGACUCCUCUGGGAGCCUCACUUGAUGACCAAACUGCAUCCCCCAGCAAAGUAGUGUCCCAUUGUGUGAAAGCAGGAGCACAGAGGAAUGGCAGCUUUGAGGAUGACCUGUCGCUGGGCGCAGAAGCGAAUCAACUGCAUUGCACCAACAAGAAGCUUGGAUCCUGUUCCAGUCUUUCUCUUGCGGCUGAUGAGAAGAGAAGUCAAUUCAAAGAAAGGGGAAGGAGCAUGAACUCAACAGGAUCUGGGAAGAGCAGCACAGUAUCCAGUGUCUCGGAGCUGCUGGACCUGUACGAAGAAGAUCCAGAGGAGAUCCUUUUAAAUCUGGGCUUUGGUCGAGAUGAACCUGACCUCUCCACCAAGGUUCCUUCACGGUUUCUCAACAGCGCCUCAUCUGCACGUGGUAUCGACGUCAAGGUGUACCUCGGAGCUCAGAUGCAGCGGUUGGAGGUGGAGAACCCCAACUACGCUCUAACUAGUCGUUUCCGUCAGCUGGAGGUCUUGACCACAGUUGCAAAUGAGUUCUUCCAGCUCUACAGUCAGGUAUCUGGUCAGUCUGUUCAGUGCAUCAACAGCAAAGAUCAAGCAGAAGAAAAAAAAGAAGGCGGUAAAGAAGCAUCACCACCACCGCUGAAGAAGAGCAAGUCAGCUCUCAAUGCUGCCAAACUACUCAAGAAAACAAUCACUAAACAUAACCUGCUAGGAGGCACAACUCAGUCCCCUGUCUCUUGCCCGCCCGUCAAGCACACGCAGCUGAAUGGUGAACAAAAGCACACCAACGCUUUGGCUAACACGGGUUCAGAAGUGGAGAAGACGGGUGGAGAUGCCAACCAUCAGUGUGAUCCUGUCGCACAGAAGCACCUUGCUAGAAAGCGAGACAACUCUGUGCUUGCCACAGUCAUGGAGGAAAGCGCUGGAGUUGUUGAUGACAGUAGCCUGUCUACAACUAGUGAACAUCCACCGGAGUCAGCGCGACCUGUAUCGACCAGUCUGUCAACAGAAUAUCAAGUGAUCAAAGAAGAAGAAGAAGAAGAAGAAGAGAAGGAAGGUGAUGGUGGCAACCUCACUUCCACUCCAGAGAAAGCUCCUUUUAUCCUUGCUCCACCUCAUUUGGCCCAGUUACGCACAGAGAAUGCUGAUUCCUUUGACAUCGAGGAGAUUAGUAACGAAGACGAGGUCCUUCUGCCUAGAAGCUCCAGAAACUCGGACCUGCUGAGGACAGUCAGUCAACAGUCAGACAGUAGUGGUUUUGCUGAGGAGCCAUCCACAGACUCUAGCAAUCUCAAGGUACAGGAAAGUUGUGAGAGCUGUGACAGUGAAACAACAGUUACAUCACAUCCUUCACAAGACCUGGCAACACCACUUGCGCUCGACAAACCAGCAUUCGAACUGCCUGAGAGCAAAGAGGAGGAGCUAGAGUCCAGCACUGCUGCUGAGGUGGAGGACAACAGUGCUGUUAAAGUAGAGGAGGUGCAUAGUGAUAUCUCCCCAGUGCUUCUCCAGUACACAUCCCACCACCUACCACUUAACCGACCAAACACAACUGAUGGGCAACUGGUCCAGACUGAGGACCAGGCUGAUGAUAAACAAAUUACACAAGAUGAAUUCACACAAGAAAAAACAAAUUCAACGGAAGAACCAGAACCCUUGCGGAACACUGCUUCAGAUGCAGAACCCAUUCACAACCCGUUGACUGACUCUGCACAAAAUGAGGAGCGAAAAAUAACAACUUCGGAUACAGAACCUUCAACUGUGUCCAAUAAUAUAGAAGAUGAAAUGGAGGAUUUGAUCUUUCACACCCCACUUUCCACCGCUCCAGCUUCUCCAGUUCUUUGUGCUUUGAACCGAGCCAGGCGGAACCGGUCAAAGCGGGGCUGUCCCCAGCAUAGGGAGACUCCUCCAAAUCCAAGCAGAGGACGUGGCGUCCCCCUGCAAAGGUCUUCAUCUCUGCCAUCAUCACUAUCCUGUCCGUCCAGAGUAGUGACCUCCGUCAGGAUCCAGUUUGGAAGAGGCGAGACUUCUUGUUCCCAGCCAUGCUACACUAUCAAAAAUGCUGGAGAUGAAACGGACAGUGAUGGAAACAAGAAGGAAGAGGCAGUAAACCCCAGCAAUUAUUUAUCUACUUUGAUCAUCAAUAGUUCCACUCCCUCCUUUGGCUCCAGCAGCCAAACACAUCCCCUUCCUGAAUCCCCCCUUUCACCAAAACCUCGUCACUUAUUGAGGUCCUCACAUUCUUUACGUAGUCCUAGUCCACCUGCUGACUGGUCAUCUAUGAGCCACAACACAUCAUGGUGCACCCAGAGUGUCCCAGAUCUCUCCUGUGGUCCACUGCAGAGCAAUCAAUUCCAGCAUGGUGUCCCCAACCAGAGCCAACCUGGUUUGAAUCCUGGGUUAUCCAUGUACCCUGCAGCCCCAUUCUCAAUGUACUCAGGCUACAGUUCAGGUCCCUAUCAAAAUCCUUGUGUAUACCCUUUUAUGGCCCCUCCCCAACUGCACCAACCUCUUCUUCAUCCAUACAGCAGUCUCCCAAACCUGCACCACAAUUCCUCUACCACUAUCCACUCAAGUUUAUCCAGUCUGCACCAGCCGUCCUCUUCAUCACUUCACCAGCACUACAGCUUUUCCAGCCUCCCGCAGACGUCUCCUGCAACCAGUUCACGCAACAGCAACCCACAACAAGAGACUCCCAGUCAGCAUCAGCAAGGCGUUGGUCAUCCAUACGCUCACCCAUCUCUGGAUACCUCCCCUUCCGUUCCUGGUUCACAGUUUUCCACCCCCCACCUCGGUUAUCAGGGAUACAACUUGAACUCAUGGCCACAGUUUCCACAAACUUUUACUCCAUUUCCUUCACUGACCCCAGACCUUCACAUACAUGGAGGCCACACGCCUGUUGGCUUUGUGCCAGGUAUAUCAACUGGCUUUCACCCGGUACAUGGUUCUCCUGGAGUCCCAGGACCUGCAUCGGGCGCCGCGAUGUCCAGUAUGGAAAUGCAGCUGAGGAGAGUUCUUUAUGACAUCAAAGGAACAGUACAGGGUCUGAACCAGCAGAGAGUCGACACAGAUUUGUUUGGAGUGAGAGCAGAUGCCUACAGCAACCAGGUCUUAGCAGAGUUCCAGCAGAGGAGGCACAGUCUCUGCCUGUUCCGUAAUCAGAUGAUGGACCUUGAACUUUCACUCAUGAGACAGCAAGCACUGGUCUACAAACAACUGAGUCCUGCAGACAGGCUUGAUCUGGAGCAGCUACAGUUGUUGAGGUCAGCAGUGAGGGAGGAGCUACAGAAGCUGGAGCAGCAGUUGGAGGAGAGAAUGAUGGAGUUCACACAACUUACACCCAAUAAGGGUUUCAGUAGAGAUGCAGCAAGUGCUGACAGCCUGUCCACCACCUCAGUACUGAGAGCUACAGAGCCGGUGUCAGACCUUCUCAGAGAGCAGCUCCUUCUUCAAUCGGAGCUGAGCCUAAAUAACCUCUCCCCUGCCGCCGAGCACUCCUCUCGGUCAUCCAGUCCAGCUCCAGAGGGAGGGGAAGGUGUAUACAGAGCCUCCAUCAACAUUACGCCAGUGGCCCCUUCAAGGCCUCAAAUCCGGCUUGAGAAGGCCAGUGAGCAGGCAGAGGAGAAUGGGAAUGAAGAGGCUGGUUCUUCGGAGGGGCCAGUGGAGAUGGGGUCUGCAGCAAAUAUGUCGGAGGAGAACUUACAGCAGCUCAUUAAAGAGAUUCGGGAGAGUGUGGCCAAGGAGGUACGACAGGAGAUCUACCACCAACUCAUGGCUGCGGUGUUGCCCCGCCAGUCCCCCUAGAAUGUCCCUGCCGUCACAAUGGCUACAUUAUGUGGCUUAGAAACUGCAGUUUGGUGAACACCACUGUCCGUCUGUAACACUGUACAGCAGGUUAACACUGUGAGUGCACGCACACACGUAGGUGUGCAUGGGAUGCACUUCAUGCUCUUAACCAUGUAUAUAUGUGACACUGUUGAUGAUCUGCGCUAAGGCUUACACGUGACUUCAUCAAUCUCUACUGAACCAACUCUUACUGUGAUGCCUUCAAUGUCUAUGCGACCUUCCCUAUUGUGAUGUGACCUUGGUCUCCUCACCUAAAUGAGGACAAUGAAAUGAAAUGCGCUGUUGCUAUCAUGAGACUUCUUUCACCAAUCCGUCACUAUUCUGUAAUAACUGACAGCACUGGACGUGCAUCAUGAGCAAGGAUAUUAAUCGCUGUGUGAUUGGAGGAUUCACUGUCCUGUGUUUCAUUUUAAGAACCUGAUCAGUCCAGGAAACAUUCCAGUGCAGUGCAGAAAUACGGAGAGAUCCUCUUCUCAACACAGGGGCGCAAGUGAACAAUUUGAACUCAACCUCAGAUCUUUUUGAUACGCUGCCUAAGAUUCAACAUUAUAACUUGUUAGCUUCACAUUGCUUAUUCAUUUAAAUGGUUUCAACUUAAUAGUUCAUUGUUACAUAUUUCAUGCACAUUUCACUCGUAAGCAAGUGUAGAAUUAUAGGCCCUGGCAGUUGUUGUGAUAAUCAUCAGCGUUUCUCUCUCCUACUUCUUUUUUCUGCCAAACAUUCCAAAUGGUCCUUCUAUGCAGGAUUCAUCCAUGUGCUGCUGACGUAUGUAAACUACAGUUAAACCAUCGCUUGCUCUUUCCACACAUUUGCAAAUCCCUAGUGAAGGUGUUCUGUAGAUCAAGAGCAGGAUGUUCAGCCAAGCAAUAGAAAGAUAACUGACCAGCUACUGUCAUUCAAACUGCUGCUUUUGUCCCUGAUCUGUUGUGGCUACUGUACAACCUGUCUAUAGUGAUGACAGUGUCAUGACCUUUCCAAGCUGAGAGAUGUAUCUAGUUUCAGUCAAAGAGCAACAAAGUAAGUGCUCAUUCUCAUUUAACAGUGUCAUCAGCUUCUGCUGCUGCUCCCCACUUCACACAUCAAGUCUGUUAACGGUCGCUUUUUCAUAAUUUUUUUAUUACUAUGAACAAAUAAUUGGGAACUAGACAAAUCCGAAUCAUUUUGCUGGCUAAAAUGGAGGUUGUGGAUGCUUCACUGUAAUGAUCUUUUACUUGAGAUAACUCUGAGGAUGUGAAACGUGUCUGAGGAAAUGCUUCAUGACACAGUCUUUAUCCAUGUAAAUCCGGUCCUGUUUUAAGGUAAGGGCUUUCGGUUUGGCACAUUGAAAUUUUGGUUGCUUCCAUCAAGUUUGGGAAGUUGCCCUAGCAAAAAUGAGACGACAAUGAGGGGGAGGACGCUCAUGAGAAUAAUUGGUGACAGCCUGGGACGUGGUUGUUUUUGCAUUCGUGCGCCACGUCUCUGCAGUCUCCACCUGUUGUAAGAAGUCACGUAAUCAUUGGUAAUUUUUAAAUGUAUAUUUAGAAACACAGAUAAGGUUGAUUCAUCAUUCUUAAAUAAUUGUGAACCUGUUGUGCUUUCUUCUUUUAUGCUUAAAAAGGCAUAAAUGAGACUCGCCUGUCAGCUGUCAGCGAUCUACCACUUGUGCUCGUAUUCUCUCCACUAAUGAAUGUAAUUGUGUGCAUGUGAGUCACUUGUGUCUUGCUGGGCCCCAGUAACUUUCGGAUGUGUUGUUACUGAUCAAGCAGCCUUCACACGCCCUUGGUGUCGUUCAUUUCUAAAGACUUCUAAUUGUGUUGUGUUUUUUUUUAUGUCAUUGGGUUGGGAGGUAUUAAUCCUGAAGCUAGGACCAUAAUAAAGAUGUAUUUAUUUUCAAUACA